GCCCACUUUGGUGUUCCCAUCGUCCUGGUUCAGGUAUUGUUGUUAAUCAAUGUUUGCUCAAACAUCUAGCAUACAAAAGACAGCACUGAAACAGUCCACAGUUCUAUCGCCUACAUUUGUGUAAGCCAUCCAAGUGUGGAAAUCAGCUGUGCAGACAUGAGUAUGGUCUGUCUCUCAGAUUUUGAGGAGUAUGCCAAACAGCAUCUCUCUAAAUCUACAUGGGACUAUUAUGCGGCUGGAGCUGAUGAGUGUCACACUAGAGAUGACAAUCUGCUGGCUUACAAACGGAUCCGCUUGAGGCCACGGAUUUUACGGGACGUGUCGUUCAGUGACACGAGGACCACGGUGAUGGGAAGGGAGAUAAACUUCCCUGUGGGAAUUGCACCCACGGCUUUUCACUGCCUUGCGUGGUAUGAGGGAGAAAUAGCCACUGCCAGAGCCACUGAAGCGGUGAACACCUGCUACAUAACAAGCACAUACUCCACAUGCUCGGUGGAGGAGAUCUGUGCCGCGGCACCCAACGGGUACCGCUGGUUUCAGCUGUACUUAUACAGAGACCGUAAGCUGUCGGAGCAGAUUGUGCGCAGAGUGGAAGGGCUUGGUUACAAGGCCUUGGUGCUCACAGUGGAUGUGCCCUAUACUGGUAAACGCCGCAAUGACAUCCGCAACCAUUUUAAACUCCCACCUCAUUUGAAGGUCAAAAACUUUGAUGGGAUGUUCCAGAUGAACGAAGGCUGCCACGAGGAAUACGGGACUCCGGCCAACACAUUAGACCCGUCCAUCAGCUGGGAGGAUGUGACCUGGCUCCAGUCUCUAACAAAGCUCCCUAUAAUAAUCAAGGGCAUCCUUACAAGAGAAGAUGCAGAGCUGGCUGUGAGACAUGGGGUCCACGGCAUAAUCGUGUCGAAUCAUGGAGGCCGACAACUUGAUGGAGGGCCUGCAACGAUAGAUUGUUUGCCUGAGAUAGUGGAGGCAGUGCAGGGCCGUGUCGAGGUCUACAUGGACGGGGGUAUCCGCACGGGCAGCGAUGUGCUGAAGGCUGUGGCCUUGGGAGCAAGAUGUGUGUUUAUUGGCAGACCAGCAAUCUGGGGCCUUGCUUACAAGGGGGAAGAAGGAGUGAAAGAGGUCUUGCAGAUGUUACAUGAUGAGUUUCGUUUAUCCAUGGCAUUAUCAGGUUGCAGAAAUGUUGCUGAGAUCAACAGGAGCCUCAUUCAGUUCUCCAGACUUUGAAUAGGAACAAAAACUGUAGUUCAGGCUGCAAAACACUAAAAUCUAACAUGUCAUAAUGUAUUCUUAAAGAGAUACGGUAAAUAAACCACUGUAGCUUUAAAGUAAGUCACAAUUUGCAAAUGUUCACAGUGUAUUGGCGGUACUGUAUCACUUACUACCGUGUUUUUUAAAUCAGCAAGCACUUUGCAAAUUAAACUGAUCAUCUGAACAAUCUCAAAAAUAAAUCUCUAAAUGUUUUGAAUUGCAUUUUUGCUUAUGUGAAUACUGUUAUAGCCUGUUAUUAGAUGGCUCGUUGCGUUGAAAUGCUUGAUUCUGAUUGGCCAGUCGUGACAUUUGCAGGUUUGUUAUUCCCAGAUGUAAUAACACACGGUAACUCAGUUGCUGCAAAUCAUUUUGACAGGUACAGUCUAAUAUUACACAAAAAUUUUAUAUAAAAAUGUAUUUUAAUAACAUGUAUGACACUAUAUUUACAAAUGAUUAAACCAAAUAGUGUGUUUGUGACAUUUGAAACUUUUUAAAACCGAAUAAACUGGUUUUCCUUGCAGAGGUCUGCAUUUGUUAAAAAUUAGCUAAUAAAAUAUUUCAAAUAAAUAUUUAAUGAUCCUUACCUUACUUAUGAGGUAAAUAGCCAUGUAAUAAGCAGGAUAAUGUACAGGUAGCCGGUUGUUAUCAUGAAUACAAGACCUGAUCACUCUGUCAGGGCUUAUUUCUGCGAUAACAACCAUUUGUCUAUACAUUAUCCCUUACAUAAAUAAGCUUAUCAUAAGCAAGGUACAGUACAGGUCUGAUAAAGCACUAGUUUCAACUCCAAAUCGCCUAUACAUUUAUAUAGGACAGACUAAUAGAUCUGUCAAAACAGGUAAUAAAACUGAAAGUUUCUUAUCGGGGUGGUUUUGAUGGUUUCUUGUGUAUGUGGCCACAUGUGCAUAGAGAGGUUUCAUUUAAAGCAAUUAAAAUUUCAUAUUUUGUGAUUAUUA